GUCAGUUGAAAGAAAACUUAGAAGUGAACGACGAAUAGUCGACGUCAGCGACAGCAUAAUAUUCAAACGUGCCAUAUUAACUAACUUGCGGAUACGAUGGUGCUACACUUCGAUCGCGAUGUGCUCCUGGAAAACCACAGACGGAGUCGAACGCUGUUGAAAGGACAUCCACUAACCAUGGGCUCAGGCACUGCGAACGGAGAGUCCCAGAAGACCAACUGGACCAUCGGAUUGAUCAACGCUCACCUCGGCAAGUAUCUGACCGCCGAAUCGUUCGGAUUCAAGGUUAACUCCAACGGUGUGGCACUCAAGAAGAAACAACUCUGGAACCUCGAAGCUUUCGGUGAAGGUGAAGCCAUCUGCCUCAAGAGCCACCUCGGGAGGUAUCUUGCUGUGGAUCAGUUUGGCAACGUGACCUGCGACAACGAGGAGAAGGAUAUCGGUGCCAAAUUCACCAUCAGCAUGACCGGUGACUCGAAGGGACAAUGGGCUCUGAAAAAUGAGAACCGCGGAUACUUCCUCGGCGCCAGCGGAGAUCAACUCAUCUGUGCCGCCAAAGCGCCCUCCAACGCUGAGCUAUGGACUGUGCACCUGGCCGCUCGACCCCAGGUGACCUUCAAGUCUGUGGGUCGACGCCGUUUCGCGAGAUUGUCCGAAGCUCAGGACGAAAUCCAAGUGGACGCCACCACGCCAUGGGGCGAGAACACUCUCUUCACACUGGAGUUCCGCGAUGGAAGGUACGCCGUGCACACUGGGAACAACAAGUACCUUUCACCCGACGGUAAGCUCCUCGAUCGCUGCGAGUCCUGCUGCCUGUUCUCGAUCGAGUUCCAUGGGGGAUACCUCGCUCUCAAGGACAGCGACAUGAACUACCUAUCGCCAAUCGGCAGCAAGGCUGUAAUCCGUUCGAGGAGCAACGCCGUCACGCGAGAUGAACUCUUCUCUCUUGAAGACUCGGUGCCUCAGGCCUCUUUCGUGGCGGCGCUCAAUGGCAAAUUCGUCUCAGUGAAGCAAGGCGUUGACCUCACGGCCAACCAGGAUGAGAUUUCGGAUCACGAGACCUACCAGCUGGAGUUCGAUAAGGCCACCAGCCGCUGGCUAAUCAGGACCAUGCAAGAUAAAUAUUGGACUCUUGAGCCAACCGGCGGGAUUCAGGCCAGUGGAGAAAAAGCCAGCAGCAACUCGUUGUUCCAACUCAACUGGCAGUCGGACGGGAGCGUCAGCUUCACCGCAAAUAACGGAAAGUAUCUCGCCAUCAAGAAAUCUGGACAUCUUUACGCCAACGCCGACAGCGCUUCAGACGAGAAUACGAAGUUCUACUUCUUCCUUAUCAGCAGGCCGAUGCUUGUGCUGAAGUGUGAUCAAGGCUUCGUGGGCUUCAAAAGCUCCGCCAGCGCCAAGCUCGAAUGCAAUAAGGGUACAUACGAAACCAUUAUGGUGGAACGUGGCGAGAGAGGUGUCGUCUACUUCAAAGGCUCAAACGGCUCAUAUUGGAACGUUGCUGACGACGGAACAAUCACCGUCGACUCCGAAGUCCGAGGGGAAGGAUUUACGUUCGAACUCCGAGAACCUUCUCGACUGGGGAUCAAAGUCGCGUCCACUGGAUGUUUCCUGAAUGCGGAUAAGAACGGUCUCUUCAGAAUCGGGGGCCCUGAACCGAACAAGGCCACGAUGUGGGAGUACUGAAUUGAGAAAUCAGGAAGAUGAUGAUGAUGAUCUGGUCGACGCAUACUCACCUAGUGCCGUAUUCGAGCCAUUCGUGGACACCUGUCUCUUGGAAUUUGAACGUGAAAUUCUCAUAAGAGCCUCUCUUCCAUCGAAGCCUCAAAACAUAUCAAAAUAUUUUCUUCAGCAUUUGUUUUCUGUGGAUAUUCUGACUGUGGUCCAGUCA